AUGUCUUCGGGCUUUGUGGCGCAUGACUACCAGUUUAAAGUGAUUCUCUGCGGGGACUCGGAUGUGGGCAAGUCGAAUAUCCUCGGCCGGUUUUCCCGCGAUGAGUUUAACCCAAGCUCCAAGGCCACACUGGCCAUCGAGUUCUCCACAAAGGUCAUCCUUCAUGAAGGCAAACGCCUGACUGUGCACAUCUGGGACACAGCCGGUCAGGAGCGCUUCACCGCCCUGACGCGUAACUACUUCCGCGGCGCCGUUGGAGCCCUGAUCGUCUAUGACAUCACCUCGGUCGAGUCCUUCAACAGCGUUCCCCGGUGGCUGUCCUUACUUCGCUCCCAUGCCCAUCCCGCGACGGUGGUUUGUCUGGUCGGGAAUAAGAUCGAUCUUGAGGCCAAUCGCAAGGUCCCGACGCAGAGUGGGUCGGACUUCGCCAAGGCCCAUGGGCUUCUCUUCCAUGAAACCAGCGCUUGCACCGGAGUUGGUAUCAACCUCACUUUUCACCAGCUGAUUGUGUCCAUCUACAAUGCCGUCAGCCAGCCGGCCGGUGGCGCACAGACAGCAGAUGUCGAACAGGAACAGGCCCCUCUGCCGGCUCAGGCUGCGAACAACACCACAGUCAACAUCACCGAGCAGGCCGACGAGGACUCGGAUGCCUGCGGCUGCUGA